UUUGAUACGCAGACUGACCACCUAUCCUGUUAUGAUACAACUAACACGUAGCUGGCAGAUUCUGCUUUAAAAUGCAUUUCACAGCGCGCGAGUAACAGUCUGAGUCGCAGCUCCGGUAUCUCUGGGGCUACGGUGAGGACCAAGGCGCAACAACUUAUGCACGCCGAUUGUUCAGGCCAGAAGGAAAGCGCCUCUCUGCUCUCACAUUCCGCACGACCACAACACAGAUGGCGACACGCACAAGAAAAAGCGUUCACGUGACAAUCGUUGCUAAGGAAGCACGAAGGGGCGCUUCCGGCUCGCGGAUCUGGAGACGCGGCCAGAUGAGCACGCGGGACUUCGAGCGGCGGAUAACGGCGUUUCAGGCCAGCAGCCGAGGGUGGCUGGUUCGGCGGGAGCUCGGCCUGGCGCGUCGGGAUUAUGAGGACAUCGUCAGGGAGAUCGAGGGGGAGCUGAGCGGCCUGCUGUGGAGGGGAGCUGUCAUGCCGACCCCGCGCUUCCCUGCACCGAGUAGUGCGGGCAGUGCUGGGGAACUGAGUGCCAGUUGCCCAGGAAGAUGGUGUGGAGAUUCACAGCAGGAAACCCACACACCAGAGAAAGACCAUGACCCAGGUGCACCAUCCCAGCUCUUCUCCACAGUGGAGGACGAUGGGCCUGCAGAGAGCGAGAGCGAGGCAGCGCCCUGCCUCCAUGAAUCAGAUGGCAGGGACGAGACUGUGUCACACAACGUGGCUGUGGACUGCAACUAUACCACCCAACUGCGGCAGAUGGGGAUGCAUCGGCAGAGCUGGGCCCAGGAGCUGCCUGGAAGAUGGGAGGAGCUGCGCCUACAGCGGAGAAGCCUGGCCAUGGAGCUGCUGUGGGUUCAACAAGCCAUCGGCAGCCGCAAGAAGUACCUCAUGCUGAAGCAGGGGCUGGCCGCUCCUGUACAGUGACAGGGACCCCAGCCUGGAUUGUUCUACACUGACCACACCGCGCUGGACAGUGUGGGAGCACUUCUGUCGUGUAGCUGUCCAGGCGCACACGGACCCUCUCCCGCCCCCCUCCCGGCCUCCUCCUGACCUCCCGGGCCUCCUAUGUGAAGAACAUGAGCUUGAUAAGCUACCCUGGUGUUUGUGAUUCUAUAAAGGUCUGGCCUGAUGCAUUGCCACUAUCUGCUAAAUUUGUAAAUGUGACAUGGAUCUGUUUUGUUUCUGUGUGUAAUUAAUAACCAGUAAUAAAGACAUAUUUUUGUA